UCGACAACAAACGGGAGCUGGGACCAAGACAACAACAAGACAGAUGACAACGAGGAUACUUAAACACACCAAUAUACGGCCAAUAUCCGACACAAUGUAACGUUAAAUCGUUUUGUUCAUGUUUAUUCAUCUUCUAACAAGUUGAAGAGCUCAAAAAAAGAUGUUUUACCAACUCCGCUGUGAGUUAAUGGUAUGAAAGUUACGUUAAGUCACGUACGAGUAAGUUAACGCUACAUUAACGAUAGUGCUUCUCCGUUACAUUUCCGUCCGCCAUGAGUGAGGAGUGUGUCCGGGUGGCGGUCCGUAUCCGUCCCCUGCUUCGCAAAGAAGUCCUCCACAACCACCAGGUGUGUGUGCGGGUGGUGCCGGGCUCCGCGCAGGUGAUGCUCGGCACAGACCGACUCUUCUCCUUCGACCACGCGUUUGGACAAACAGCCAACCAGGAUGAGGUGUACGAGUCCUGCGUCCAGCCCCUGGUGGAGUCCCUGGUCGACGGCUACAAUGCCACCGUCUUCUGUUAUGGACAAACAGGGUCAGGGAAGACGUACACGCUCGGAGGAGGGGGGAACCUGGAUGAAGAGGGAGGAAUUAUUGACCGUGUGGCCCAGGAUGUGUUCUUUUUGCUGGGGGAGAAGAGGAAGAACAGUGAUGGUGUGGAAGCCACUGUGCGGGUCUCGUAUAUGGAGCUGUACAGGGAGGAACUGCGAGACCUUCUGGAGCUGCACACCAUCCACAAAGAGCUUCAUAUCAGAGAGGAUGAGAGGGGAAACACAGUGGUGGUUGGAGCCAAAGAGAUGGUUGUCACCUCCGCAGAGGAGCUACUUAGUGUUUUAGAGAUGGGCAAUGCCCUGCGCCACACUGGCACCACAGGGAUGAACGAGCACUCCAGUCGCUCUCACGCCAUCCUCACCCUUCAGCUUACUCAGUGUUGCCACAACAACAAGUCCUCCUUAAAAGCGGUCCGAUCCUCUAAACUCUGUCUGGUUGACCUAGCCGGCUCGGAGCGUGCUGGAAAAACAGGGAACACUGGAGCACGGCUCAAAGAGUCUGUUCAUAUCAACACGGGCCUGCUCGCACUGGGAAACGUCAUCCGUGCCCUCUCUGACCCUGGACGAAAUCGCCGUGGUAACAGCUGCAACAGUGCACAUAUACCGUACCGUGAUGCCAAGAUUACCCGUCUCCUCCGUGAUUCACUGGGAGGCACCGCCCAUACGCUGAUGGUGGCAUGUGUAAGCCCAUCCCACCACAGUGUAGCUGAGACUCUGAGUGUCCUACAGUUCGCAUCCAAGGCUCGACACAUUCGUAACCGUCCCGGAGCAGUAUCUGCUCACCCAGACGUUAAAUCGUCUCCCACAACCUGGGACCCUGGUGAGGCUCGACUGGGCGAGCUUCAGUAUGAAGUGCAGACACUGAGAGAGCUACUGAAAGAGAAGGAGAGAGAGGUGGGGAUGGAAAGGGAGAGGACAGGUGGAAGACUUGGAGAGGGGGACCACCUCAAACAGUCCAGUCAGAUGAGGAUAUCUGAUCCAUAUAAGAGGGUGAACCAAGAGGAGCCAACAACGUACCGCCUUCUGGCACAGGAAGCUGCAGCCCUUCUUGCAGAUAUCCCUGGACCCACUCCAAGUCUUUCUUUUGGGCAGAGACUGCAGGAUUGGCAGGAGAGACUGACAGCCCUCAAUCACACACAUCAAGCUGAUGAUAAGGAGUGUUCAGAGGUGAAUGGAGACCAACCCCACCUUAUAUUAAAGCUCAGGGAGGAACUCAACAAAUGCAAGGAAGCUCUCACCAUAGAGGAACAGCUACUGGAGCAGAAGGAUGCAGAGCUGAGACAGGUCCAAAAAGAAGUAGAGAAACUUCUUCAAGGGAGCGAAACCCAUCUUCGGGCCUUAGAGGAAGAAAAGGAACGUACUCGUAUACAGACAGAACAACUUGUGGACCAGCAGAUGCUCAUUAAUCGUCUUCGCAGCGACCUCUUGACCUUCAGGGGUACAACAUCAAGAGCAACAGUGGAAGCUGGGGCUUCUGGGAACUCAGGCAAGAGACCCCACAGUGUCCCUCUGAUCAGACACAGCUGUGGACCACUGCCACCCAGGAGGAUUCACUCCAGUCCCCCAGCCUAUUCACUGGAAAGGGUGAUAGCAGCCUUUAAGAUGCGCGGUCACCUCCUGCUGGCUGAAAUUGAGGAAAAGGAUGAGGUGUACUGUCCGUUCAUGAAACAACAGGCAGAGAGCAAAGACAGGCAUCAAAAGAAGAAGGAGGAGGAGGAAGAGGAGGAUGAGGACAUCUUUGUGGGCAGAAUGGGAUUUAGACAUUCUUUAAACCGAACAUGGACCAGCCAGCAGAAGAAAUCAGCUUUGAAAGACAAAAACACUGGACUAGACCAAACAUCUAAUGGAAACCAAUUAGUACAGCAGCCUCAGCGAGCCACAGGGACCAAGGAAAACCACGGCAAUCAGAGCCAUUUGAGGAAGGCGAGAUUAAGAGCCAGUGUCACUCAGAGAAGGAUCCAAGAUCUGUCAGUCAACAUGCGCAUGAAAGAGGAGCUCCUCAAAGAGCUGGAAAAAACUGACAAGCAGUCUCAAGCAGUGGACAGACAUGGCAGGCACAGUGCUGAUGGCAGAGCAGCCGACGUGUUGGCAAGACUUUCCAUGCAGAGCCAGCAGGUCCGAGCGGAGGUGUACCGCAGCCUGCAGCACAUGAGACUGCAGAGAGCACAGCUUCAGACCAGCCUCAGGCAGCAGAGAGAGACCAGUGACAAUAACAGAGGACUUAACCAGAAUGGGGAGAAAAGGGCAGGAGACAUGACUGUGUGCAAAAGCAAUUUCAAGAAAGAGUCAAAAGAAAAGCUGUGUGACAGAAGUUGGCUGGAGGAGGAGGAGGAGCAAGUGCUCCAGAAGAGAGCAGAGCUGCAGGACCUGGAGGAGGAGCUGACGAGGAGGGAGGAGGUGCUCCUGCACAGAGAGGCCUGUCUGCAACAGAAAAACAAACUGGAGAUCAAGAUGCUCCGCUCCAGUCAGGCUUUAAGUCAGGACCUGCUGCAUGUGUCGGUGCAGUUGGAGUCCCUGGAGGAGCAGCUGCAGAGCAGCAGUGUGAAGCAGGCUGGAGGAGUCACCAUAGAAGAACUGGAGAAGGAAAGAGACACACUUAAAAAGAGGAGAGACAUUCUUGACGCCCAGCUGAAGGACAACCGAGUGCUCACUGUGGAGGAGGAGCACUCCCUGCUCCAGCUGGAGGAAGCUAUUGAAGCUCUGGAUGCAGCUCUGGAGUUUAAAAACCACUCCAUCCAGGAUAAGCAGAAGAAGCUGUUGAUCUCCUCUUCACGUCAGUCACAAAGCACUGAACCCGCCCACCUCUGUGAUGUCAUCAGGAAGCUGAAGGAGCUUUCACCACCUGAGGCUUCAGAGCUGCUCGUCAAAUAUUUCAACAAGGUUGUUCGUCUUCGGGAGGCGGAGCACCGUUGGCGUUUGCGUUGCGAAGAGCUGGAGCUGCAGGCUGGAGAGCAAGAGGUGGUGCUGAGGGAGCUGGAGGUCGCCAUGCAGCGCCUGGCCCUGGAUGCAGACCGCAGGCUCACCCAGCAGCACCGAGAUCACCAGAGCAACAUCCAGCUACUGCUGCAGAAACUUAAAGAGGGUGGUUCAGGAGAAGCACAGCAGGCUAUCCAAGACAGACUGCAGCAUCUGGAGAAAGAGCUGUUUUUCUACAAAAGCUCCAGCCGGGAGCUUAAAAAAAAACUCAAAGAGCGUCACAGUUACACCCUACACCCUGUCAAUCAGCUUUCACACACACAGGAGGACAGACAAACACACAAUAUGCAGAUACAUGCGAGGACAAACAAACCCCAGAUGUACACUGACGAGGUACAGAAAAAGACGCAUAUUGCAACAACAUACACAAAGAUACACACGGAGCAAACAGACAAAAAGACACACAAUGAUUCUCACUUAAGGAGACCAUCCUCAUCCUCUGACCUCCAAACAUGCAAUAAGAUAAAAGUGCCCGAAUACAACACACAGUCCCUCGGGGGGAGUGAACGAGGGGCUGGUCACUGUGGGGAGAGCUUAGAGAUGACACCGGUCCGGUUGUGUCGCAAAGAGCUGAGACAGAUCUCUCCAGGUAACCUGCAGGUCUGUGGCUCUGCCACAAGGAGGCUCCAGUCUGUAGUGAAUACCAGCACAGAAUCAAUACUAGAGGACUCCAUAGAAGUGCCCAGAAACACUGACAGAUGAUUUGUGGAUCCAUUCAGUGGCUUUACGUAGAUCAUAGAACCAACAAGUCACUCAGCAGCAGCAGUGUGUACUGCAGAUUCUAGUUGCUAGUAAACAACGGAAAAUGUGUGUCACUAUUGACAAAAACUAAUUUAAUACAAAAGAAUUGUUGUUCCUCUCAUUGCAAGUAUCUUGUGAAAAUGUUCAUAUAUUGUUUGUUGGAUAAUACUUAAUUUAAGGACUUUGUGGUGCUUUGAGAUCGGUAAGUACCCACAAGCUCAUUCAAUUAUCACAUAAUCACAAUACUGGCCUAUAUUUAAUGUAUGUCCAUAUUCACAAUAUACUAAAGAAUGAGAAGAAUGUGUGUUAAGCUGAACAGUUUUUGUUCUUAGUUUAUUCUGAAUUCACCUUUCACGCCUUCGAUGUAACCACAGAAUAGUGAAACCAUGAAAUGUGAAUUUGAAUGUGAAUGUGAGGUUAUACCCUGAGGAGAAGAAAGUGUCUUUUAGAUAGACUGAAAUGUGCGAAAUGUUGAAAUGUUUUGAUAGUGAACCUGUUCAGUCUCUUGUCAUAUCACUGUCUUCCUAUUUAUCUGUUUUCCUUUGUGGUCACAGAUUUCCCAGAACCUGGCUAUGUUGUAUGCUGUAGCGUUGUGGCCAUUCGCUAUAAGACGAAACACAAAGAAAGGCCAGUGUGUACUCCCAAUAACUUGACAGUGUUUUUACACUGAAAAACAGAGUGAAACACACCCUUUUUAGAUUUUUGUCUCAGCUCUUGCCACACCCAAAUACAACACUGCACAUUUCUUGUUUUCUUCCCCUAAGUUAUUUGGGGAUCUUAAGUUUCAAGCUCUUGUUUUAAAGUUUUAAAAACAAUCUUUAAAAUGUUUCUUUGACAUAAAUACAUAAGGUACAACCGUAUGUAUAUUGUGUGAGAAUGAGGUAUUUAAUGUGAUUCUCUUCCUUUUGCAAACACACACUAGUUUAAGAGAUAAGGAGGUUAUGCAAAACAUGUUGAUCAAUCUGUUGUUAAAUGGAAUCAAAUAGUUCCUUGGGAAGAAAAAGGCACUGUUCAGCACUUAAAGUGGUAGAAUAGGUUUGUUUUCUGCACUAAAACAGUCAUAGAAAGCUUGGUAGUGUUUUGUAUGCAUUUUAUUUUUUGAUACAAACUUUUUCUAUUUCUCUGUGCACUAUGUACCAUUAAUUAAAUGUUGAUUGCUGUGUAAGUUA